CGUCCUGAAUGAUGUGUCGCUUUCUCAGCCUUUAUGCAUAGAUACCUGUAGUUUGAGGAGUGGAAAAGACAAAAUCAGAGACUGAGAGAAUACGCCCGCCCUCAUUACCGCACGGGUCCAUUUUUGAAUUUCCCGCCCGGGUUUUCGCGCCAAAAGAACUUGUCCGACCUCGUGUUCAGGUUCUACGGCUACCCUGGGCACGGGUUUGUUUGGCUGAUUCAGCGUAUUCCUGAGCAUGAACGAAGCAAGAUGGAGAAGUUGAGACGGAAACUGACAGAAAUCGAUGAAAAAAUCCACGAUUUUUCCGAUUUAACGGCUGAUGAACUUGUCGAUCAUGGGUUGAAAGACAUUACCUUACGACCGUAUCAACUUGAUGGUGUCAAUUGGCUGGUCCAGCGCUAUCACCGUGAUCAUGGCUGCAUCCUUGGUGAUGAGAUGGGGCUCGGAAAGACAUGUCAGACAAUAGCGUUUCUUGUCUACCUCCACGGAAGCAAACAGUCAACUGGUCCCCACAUGAUCUUGUGCCCACUGUCUGUGAUUGCUAAUUGGCAGACUGAAGUUGCGAAGUUCGCACCGUGUCUGAAUCUUGUGACCUAUCUUGGAGACAAAGACUCGAGGGCAGAACUGAGACAUAAGAUCAAGAAAAGGAAAAGACAAGAUGGGGUGUUUCAUUUCAACAUCCUUUUGACCACCUAUGAGAUUUGCCUAAAAGAUGAAGAAUUUCUACAGAAGAUCAAGUGGCACACCCUGGUUGUGGAUGAAGCUCAUCGGCUGAAGAAUCAGAAAUCUCUACUCUACCAAACAUUACUACAGUUUGAGAUUGACCACCAUCUGCUGCUGACCGGCACACCUGUUCAGAACAACCUCAAAGAACUCUACUCUCUCCUUGCCUUUUGUGCCAAUGUUGUGUUUAAAGUCAGAUAUGAGGAGGAGUUUGUGCAGACAUUUACAGAUGCCAGUGAAAAAGGUGUUUCUGAACUCCAUGACCUCCUAAAACCAUUCCUCUUGCGACGGAUCAAAGCAGAAGUUGUCAAAGAUCUGCCAUUCAAAUCUGAAGUCCUGCUAUACCAUGGCUUGUCUGACCUACAGAAGAAGUACUAUAAGGCUAUUUUAACCAAAGACCUAGAGGCAUUCGACAAUGACAGUACUUCCCACCCAGUGAAUAGGACGAGCCUGAUGAACAUAUUGAUGCAGCUGAGGAAGUGUGUCAACCACCCAUACUUGUUUGAUGGAGUUGAGCCUGAACCAUUUGAAUUGGGUGAACACUUGGUAGAUGCCAGUGCUAAGCUCAUCACCAUUGAUAGAUUGUUAGCCUUCCUCAAACCUCGAGGACACAAGGUCCUACUCUUCUCUCAGAUGACGAGGAUGUUGGAUAUUAUUCAGGACUAUCUCGGAUACAGAGGUUAUAGCUAUGAGCGUCUUGAUGGAUCGGUCCGUGGAGAGGAGAGGUUUCUUGCUGUCAAGAACUUCAACGAGAUGGAUGAAACAUUCAUCUUCUUGCUUAGCACAAAAGCUGGUGGCGUUGGUCUCAAUCUGACCGGGGCCGAUACAGUGAUAUUUGUCGAUAGUGAUUUUAACCCACAGAAUGAUCUGCAGGCUGCUGCUAGGGCACAUAGGAUUGGACAGACCAGACCUGUCAAGGUAAUCCGCCUAAUCGGACGCAGUACAGUCGAGGAGAUCGUAUUCAGGCGUGCCGAAGCGAAGCUGAAACUCACCAACACCGUCAUAGAGGGCGGUCAGUUUUCUCUGAUGCCCAGCAAGGAAGCUAGAGACAAAUUCAUCGCAGAAAACAACCUUCAGUUACAAGAUAUUUUGAAAUAUGGCGUUGAUCGAUUGUUUGAAGCAAAGAAUGACACCGAUAUUGAUUUUAAGGCAAUCUUAGGGCCGAGUCUUGCUGGGGAGUGGCAGUUGGAGGAGGGACCACCAGAUGCUGCAACACAGGAACCUGAGUUGGUUGAGCCUGAUGAGAGUGUGGAGAAUAUGUACGUCUUUGAAGGGAAGGACUAUAAAACAGAACCAAGUGCUGGUGAUCAGAAAGCUUUUGAUGAUCUCUUGGCUGCUGAAAGAGCACUGCUAGAGGAGGCAUCAACUGAGGACAGAAGCACCCGCAAGAAUCGUGGAACGAGGGCUCCGAUUUUGUUACCUGAAUUGCCAAAGUUACCUAAGAAGCCAAAGAAACAACUCACACCUGAAGAACUUGAGGAGCGAAAGAAAAAGAAAGAAGAAGCUGCUGCAAAGCGUAAGCAGGCAGCCGAGAGAAGGGCCAGAGAAGAGGAAGAGGAAGAAGUAAGAAGAGCCCAGGAACAGAAGAAAAAACGUGAUAAGCUUUGGGCGGAGAAUGACUAUGAGACAUGCAACAUCUGGCUGGAAAGUGAUGAGGACAGUGGCAGUACUGACAUUGAAGAAGAAGACGAAGAUAAUGAUGUUGGUCCGAGGCAGAUCAAUUAUGUGAUGGGGGAUGUCACUUAUCCGAAAGAAAAACAUACCAAGGAUAAAGAUGCUGUGAUUGUACACUGUGUUGAUGACUCGGGAAAGUGGGGACGUGGCGGUCUCUUCACUGCUCUAUCAACGCGAUCUCUGGAGCCAGAGGAACAGUAUGAGAAAGCUGGUAAAAUGAGAGACCUUGCACUGGGCGAUGUGCAUCUGGUCAGCAUUGAUGAUAUAGAGGCAAGAACAACAGGAAAAGACUAUUGUGCGCUGAUAGUAGCCCAGCACCGUGAUAGAAAGAACAAUCUCUCUGGUAUAAAGUUAUCAGCACUGACGUACGGUCUUAAGAGAAUAUACAAGUUUGCUUCGAAAAAGAGAGCGACUGUGCACUUGCCCAGGAUUGGCCACAACACACCAGGCUUCAACUGGUAUGGGACCGAGCGACUCAUCAGGAAAUACCUGGUCUCCAAAGGAAUUCCCACAUACGUCUAUUAUUUCCCGAGGCGUCAUGCUGCAAAACGAAGAAAGAGCUCUGAUGACGAACAGUCUCGAAAAGUGAAAAAGAAAAGAAAAGUUACACCAGAUCCUGAAACCUCCGACCGCAGUACACCAGAACUUCCAGAUGCUCCGGUAGCAUCUACCUCUGGGCUUGUGAGGACAUCGACUCUAGCUGAUGAGUCUCUGCCUAAUUUCUUAGAAGGGGUCAAUAUACACUUUUACAACAUAGCCCCGGAGACCUGUAAACGGUUGACGCGGUACAUCAUGGCCUAUGACGGCGACAUCCAUCGGACCGUCGAGGACACCACAACAUUCAUCCUGGUGGACGAUCUCACUGAUGAAGACAAAGAUGACCUCCAUGAUAUAAACUCUGAAUUCAAAGAUGCCAAAAUUCUAAAACUGCAAUGGUUAGAGGACUGCGUGAAAGAGAUGAAGAAAAUCGAACCAAGUGGAUACAUUCUAUCAUCAGGAUGAGCCAAUAACAUAAGUUGAACUGAACUAGGGUCAGUGAGGACAAUUCCAGCCACCUAGAACAUUCUCUAUAACCUGUUCACUUUUUUGCUUGCAGUGGUCUUCGUUGCAAUAUUCUGUUAGCUUUUAACUGCUUCACAAUACAAAAUCUGUAUAAUUUUGUUGUAUGAUGUCAACUCUGCAUUAACUUCCACAAGAGUAUAUUAGGCAAAAGAGCUUUGCUGUGCCAUGCAUUUUAGUAUUCACCUUUGUAAUUACCAUAAUGCCAACAUUAGAUACUUGAGUAUUUAGAUUGUAGAUUAUAUAUUCGAGAGUUUCUAUUAAAAUCAUAGAGAGAUUUUUUAACAAUAAAAGUACC